AUGCCCAUUCCUGCCCACCCACCUUUCUUGCUCACUUUCUUCCCCCUACCUGCCCGCCCGUUCUGUUUCCUGACCGUAUCAAUAACUGUCUACAUGUCCUCAUUACAGCAAGCAGAUCUCGCCUUUAUUGCGAGCUUAUCCCUGCGGGUGGAACCAUUUGGCCUCGCCAUCGACUGUCCGACCUGUGGUGGCACUGUCCCAAUCACCAUAUGUGUUAGUGACAAGCAUGGCAACGCAGGGAAACCAAUGGCGAAGCAUCCGCUAUGCUCGUACUAUCAUUUUUUCCCUCUUCUUUUGUCACGCCCGGGCAUCAUGGCGUUAAUCCCUUCAUCGAGCAGUUCACCAACCCUUGCGAGUUCAUCUACUCUGUCCUCAAGUGCACCCUCACUAUCCCAAGCACCCUUGCUAUCCCAAGCAAAGAAGACACGUAAGCGGGGUGCUGAAUGCACCACCAACCCUUGUCGCAGGCCGCGUGCGCUACGGUGUCCUCGUGGAAAGUGCCUGUCGCACUGCAUCGAGGAGGGUGGUUGUGUAGUGCACGAAAUACCUGUAUACGACGAUAACGAGCAGGACAAUACCGUCGAUGGUGCCGGUUUUGGUUACCAUGAUCUCCAUAAUGCUCUGUCGGCAUCACUCGCUGCUCAAGGCCUCGAGGUGCCACCACCACUACCAGCUAUCGUACCCUCUCUGCACGAUAUCUUGCAUGCACCAGCACCACCCCCUCCGCCACCAUCGCUUUUGCCAGCUCCUAGUACAUUGAAGACAUCCAAACAUCCACGCAUCACUAGCCAGCUCGACCCGCUAUGGGAGCAAGACUUACACCAGCGGGCGCAGCAGGAGAUUGAAGACAACCGAGUGGCACAGCGUCGCAAAGAGAUGGAGCUCAAGUCAAAGCAGCGCUUUAUCCUCAACUGGUUUGAUGCGGAUGAUGUCCCUGCUUCAAGGCAGUGGGUGUCCAACUGUCCAUUUUUCCCAUUCUUCCAGCUUGCUGAUGAUCCCGACAUCCUGCCCUCGCUUGGAGAGAAUAUCACAAAGAUCGAGGUGUUCGAGGAUCGCCUCCAGCAAUGGAUACCCGCCAAGCUGACACACGAUUUUCCACUUGAAUCCGAAUGUCACAUCUUUAUCCGCCGCUUCGGUGUUACCAGCUGUCAUGACUUCAAUGAGCUGUAUGAUGCCUCGAGGGCUUCCAUGCGCCCAGCACACCUUCGCUACAACAUGAAACGGGAACGCGAUGGCAUUCGUACGAAGAUCAAGGCCAAACAUGUUGUACAUGUGUCGUCGGUGCCACCAGACUUGCUCUCUGAUGAUGUCGAGAUCAUAGAUGACACGUCCGUGGCAUCAGACUUUGUAUCUGACAACGUUGAGUUCAUAGAUGAUGCAGAUGAUCUCAUUGAGGUUGUCGACGAUGUUCAUGCAACACCAAGGCCAACCAACGCUCUCGGAAAACGCGCACGGGAUACUGCCUCACCUGCCUACACUAGUACUCGUCCACGGUUUGAUGACUGGGACAGCCGGCGGGCAUCCUCGAUGUCACCUACUCCUUCGCUGUCUCCUUCACCAGCAGAGUCGUCCACAUCAGUUUCCUCUAUAUCAUUGGUCUCCGCUGUACCCUCAGUCAUACCCGUCCAUGUGCCUUCAUAUAAAGGCAACUCGAAGCAUGUCUGGCCGCAUGGCAUGUUCACCUGUGAUAUGGUAGUCGGGUUUCGUCAGAUGGAUUCCCCGCUGCUUCGUGUUCACUAUCCGCAGGAGGAACUUUUUGGUCUGAUAUUCGGUGUUCCAUAUGUCCGUGCCACAUACCACUCUAAUCACGCGCUGUGGGUCAACAGCUCCAAGGUCAUCUCGAUCCUUCAGGCGCAUGAACAUGCUCACCGCGCUCCCGAUGGCUUGUGGGCACACUACUUGUCGUCACGUCGUGCAGCCCUAGGCGAGAAAACCAAGAAGAGGAGUGGACCCAAAUUCAAGUAG